GCUGAAAUCAUUGUCUCUUCCAUAUUGUUUUCAGAAGCCGUCGGAUGCGUACACCCUGAGAUUCUGAAAUCCGCAUUAAUCUAGCAGCACUAAAGCAAUUUAGCGACUUUCGAGCACAGGAUGAGAGCUAAGUGGCGUAAGAAGAGGAUGCGCAGGCUAAAACGUAAAAGGAGGAAGAUGCGUGCGAGGUCCAAGUAAACGGCUUCCACUUGAUCUCUGCACGAGAAGAACAGUUCUAUGAAUUUUUUCAUCGCUUGACGAAUCACCGUUGAGGCUGCAAGAAAAUCAUUGCUCACGAGAAAUUCCAAAUGAAUGUUUUUCCCACAGGGAACUAUUUGUACAUUUCAUCUUGUACUUGACUAAAUACAGAUACUAAAAUACGACAAACUUAUUAAAAUUUUGUAACCAAUUUCUCCGGCUCGUCGGCACACGUCCCGAUGUCUCAUACACUCGGAAUGUUUCGUCGAACGUUCGCGAUCGUAAAAUUCUGCCACCGUUUACUCGACAUGCGUUCGUGUAUUUUGAGAGGUCUGCUUCGCACGCGAAGCAUUCUACACCAAUCUUUCGCCAAGAACAAAGGGAUCCUAACGUACUCGCAAUUGAAGCAGUCGCGGCGAUUUUCGAAUAAUUUAAGGAAAGAGCCGGGCGAGGAAGACCUGACCGACGAGCGAAAAGAUGACGAUCAUAACCUCACAACUUCCAUAAGUGCCAAGUACAAGAUAUUCCACGACGAGGAGGUGGACGUUAUCCUCGAUGUCACUGAGGAGCAAAGAAAAAUCGAUCUGGAGUUGUUGACUGCUCAGGAACAGUUUCACGAUCCCUACGCAGGCAUAAAUCUCAAGCGCGGUGUUACUGGCGUUUAUGAUAUCGAGGACCUCGUCACGUUGUUGAAACUAAACAAGGCUAGGCAGAUUUUUGUGGUGUCUGUGCCGAAAGAAUACGUCUACGUGGACUAUAUUGUUGUUGUAAGCUGCAUGUCCAUCAAACACAUGAAGGCUCUCGCCACGUUUGUGCGCAAAGUUUACAAGUUGAAACGACACGCUAAUAUUGAUAAGAUACCAAAAAUCGAGGGGUCGGAUUCGAACGACUGGAUAGCUUUAGAUUUAGGAAACAUCGCUUUGCACAUCUUUUCUACAUCAGCCAGAAAACAGUACGAUUUGGAGACACUGUGGACAGUUGGCUCGCAAUAUGAUGAUAAGUCUAAUGUUACCGAGGAAGUAGACAUAAUGGAACAAUACAACACCUUCUUAGCUGAGCUUGAACCAGAUGAAGAUAAAUAAUGCAAGUGCGUGCGCUCGUGCCACAUAGUUUAAGGAUAAAUCUGAGCUGACGAUGCUCGAUGAAAGAAUAUAUAUCAAUAAACGAAAUCUUAUUAACAAUAUCGACUUUAUUACAGUUGUGUAACGUCUACAUUACCAAACAUUAACUAUUUCCAAAUAAUAAUAGCGUGACAACUUA